GAACAUGGUCCUUCCAACUACAUUGAAAAAGAGACAUACUCUGAAAGGAAGGAAUGUCCUUCCUGCCAUCAGAAGGCUCCAGGAGGGUGCCCCGGUAAAAGCCCUUGCAAGGAUGAUGGCAGGUCGUAAAACGGAGGACUUGUCUAUGCGGGAUGUGGAAAAAUAUGUAAAUGAACUCACUGAUGAGUCCCUCUCAGACCUAUUAGAAUUGGCAGGAAAGAACAAGGAGGAUAUAUCAGAGGCACGCCUCCUCCUACAUUAUCUGAUAGUUCUGGCUAAUGAGAAGGGACAACCCCAAGGUCAGGAUCUACUUGAGGCACCGGGAACAUCUACAGAAGCACAGAAAAAUGAACAGAGCUCUUUCUGUGGCUCUGAAGAACACUAG